AAAAUGUCUUUUCGUGUAGUCAGAAGUUCAAAAUUUCGUCACGUCUACGGUCAGGCUCUAAAACGUGAACAAUGCUACGACAAUAUACGUGUCUCCAAAAGCAGUUGGGAUUCCACCUUCUGUGCGGUGAAUCCGAAAUUUUUGGCCAUCAUUGUCGAGUCAGCAGGUGGCGGUGCCUUCAUAGUUCUACCACACAGUAAGGUGGGUCGCAUUGCUGCCGAUCAUCCGUUGGUUGGUGGUCACAAAGGUCCCGUCUUAGAUAUUGCCUGGUGUCCCCACAAUGACAAUGUCAUUGCCUCCGGCUCGGAAGAUUGUGUUGUCAAAGUAUGGCAAAUUCCCGAUGGUGGCCUGUCGAGAACUCUAACAGAACCCGUUGUAGAUUUGGUAUUCCAUCAGCGUCGUGUUGGCCUAGUGGUAUGGCAUCCAUCCGCCUUAAAUGUUCUGCUAACAGCAGGCUCAGACAAUCAGGUUGUCAUCUGGAACGUUGGUACCGGUGAAAUUCUGGUACACAUAGAUUCACAUCCUGACAUUGUCUACAGUGCCUGCUUCAAUUGGGAUGGCUCGAAAUUGGUUACCACCUGCAAAGAUAAAAAGAUCCGUAUCUAUGAUCCACGCACAGGCGAGGUGGAAAGUGAGGCCGUCUGUCAUGAGGGCUCAAAGGCUACAAGGGCUAUAUUCCUGCGUCAUGGCUUAAUCUUUACCACCGGUUUCAAUCGUUCCUCGGAACGUCAAUAUUCAUUGCGUGCCCCCGAUGCUCUCAGCGAUCCUAUUGUUAUGGUUGAAUUGGAUACAUCAAACGGUGUAAUGUUCCCACUCUAUGAUCCCGAUACGAAUUUAAUUUAUUUGUGUGGUAAAGGUGAUUCUGUGAUCAGAUAUUUUGAAGUUACCCCCGAACCACCAUUUGUCCAUUAUAUUAACACCUUCCAAACACCCGAUCCACAACGUGGUAUCGGCAUGAUGCCAAAACGUGGCUGCGAUGUCACAACCUGUGAAAUUGCCAAAUUUUAUCGUCUCAACAACAAUGGCCUGUGCCAAGUCAUCUCAAUGACAGUACCCCGCAAAUCGGAUCUCUUCCAAGAGGAUUUGUAUCCGGACACAUUAGCCGAAGAUGCUGCCAUUACUGCCGAAAAAUGGAUAAUGGGUGAAGAUGCCGAUCCCAUAACAUUUUCGCUUAAAGAUCGUGUUUCUAUUGUACAGGGUGGCUAUGUCUCACAGUCGGCCAACAAAUCGCUGUCCGUAUCGAAGAAGGCCAAUAUCUUGAAUAAGGCUGCAGUGGGAACCUCAAAGAGUGCCAGCAGUGCGACACUGGGAUCAAGCAGUGGUGGCAGUAGUGCAGCCAACAAUAACUCUGGUGGAUCGGCGCCGGUCAGUGGUAUAACUGAAAAGGACCUGCGUGACAUCACCGAUGAAAUACGCAAACUAAAGGCUAUUAUUGUCAAGCAUGAGAAUCGUAUACGAGCCUUGGAGGCCACGAUACGGGAGCAGGAGGAUAAUACCGAUAGUGUUGCAGCCAAAUCGAAUAACACCAGCAGCAGCAAUGACACCAAAGCCAAUGCCGCCGACAGCAAUAGCACUAAAGAAGAUGCCAAUGGCUCGGCUGGCACAACAUCAGCAGCAACAGCGUCAGACGAUGUGUAAAAACAACAGAAAA